AUGCCUCUCAAAAUUGCCUUAACACCACGCUUCAGCUACUUCAUCUUGCUGGCGGCCCUCGGUCUGCUGGUAUGCAUCGACAGUGGUUUUAAGGUGGCUACGGCAUCCAACGUAAUCGACGCCAAAAAUGAUGCUUUGGAUUGCGAGGUGGGCGGUCAGAUCCACCGAUACUUGCGUGAGAGCAAGUGGACAGCUGAACAGGAAGUCGGCAGCCCCGAGGCGAGGGCGAUUGGCGUUAAGCCGUCAACUGCUACGGUGCUUCAAAAGCUGAUUAAUUCGCAGCCAACGAAGAAACGUUUAACAAGAGUCAUGGGAAUUUUUACAUCCAACAAUCAAAGAGCAACCGACAAACUGUUUGCGAGUCUCGGAGUCUGGAAGGUGGAAUCGAAGCUGUUUGCGUCUACACCGUAUCAGAAGUGGGCUGCAUCCGUGAUGAAAUCCUACAAGAAGAACCCUGAAAAAGGCCAAGCAGCGAUAUUCUCUACACUUGUACGUCACCACGGCGAUGACAUUCUGGCCAAACUGGUAUCAGAAGCACAGCCAACCGCAGCGGCGAUAAGGACAGCCAAGAAAAUUGAAUCGAUGCAGAUAGCCAAUUGGGUCACAAACAGAAAAACGGAGGAGAACAUCUACAAGCUUUUGAAGCUGGACGCGGACGAGAAGGGUCUUCUAAGAAAUCCGUUGCUGAAUAUGUGGAUUUCGUUCGUCAAAAAGCUUGGAAACGAGGAUCCGUACAAUUUGCUGCUGCUCAAGUUGAGAAAACCCAAUGAUGAAGAAGCACUAGCUCAUAUGCUAAUUGCAGCAAAGGACAAUAGCCUUACAAGCGGUGUGGCUCGUAAUCUGGAGAGCGCAAUGCUUACAAUCUGGCUGAGGGAUGACAUUUGGGCCUAA